AUGGCGUCGCCGCGAGCGAGCCUCGACACGGCACAAGAGCCUCGCGACUGGCACUACCUGUCGGCCAUCCCGCUCGCGCCAGGCGCUCCUCGCCGCACCUCGUUCAGCCCGCCGACAACCCUCCACGCCGCACCUCCUCCUCUCUCCCCGCACGACCGCCCCGACGUUCCGUCCACGCCUCAGCUCGAACCCUCGCCCGUCAUCAGCAGCGGCGGCGCGACGUUCGACGUUGCGCGACCGCGCCCGCCGCAGCGCACCCGGACCGGCUCGCCGCCGCGUCCUCGUCGCCCGUCGCAUCCAGAGCAGGCCGUCAUGUUCAACGCGCCGGCCGCGAUCGUACUCGGCGGCGCAGGCGCGAGCGAGGACCAGUACGCGCUGCGGCCGGGCCCUCCAUCGUCCGAGACGUCCCCCCAGAUGUCCGACUUUCCCGUCCCGCCCUCGCACGCCAGCCCGAGCAGCGGCCUCCUUCCGCCCAUCCCGAUGACGAGGAGCACGUCGUCGAGGCGUAAGCCCGUCCCGUCGUACUUUGGGCCCGGCGCCGCCGUCGCGUCGCCCGCCGAGCUCUCGCGAGUAGACUCGCCCACCUCGGGCGACCCGAGCCGCCUCAGCGUCGGCGGCUUCGAGGCGCUCGUCGCUCGUCGCGCCAACGAGGGCCGGGCGGUCGAGGGCGACGAGGAGGGUCGAGUCGUCUGGUCGCCUCGCGCAGACCUGGGGCUCGACCGAGAGGGCGUCGAGGCGCGCGAGAUGCGCAGACGGUGGGACGAGCAGCGGCUUGUGUCGGCCCCGGCGCCGAGCGCAGACGUCCACCGCGCGCCGCAGUUCCUCCACCCGUCGCCGGGUCGGCUCGCGCCCUUUCCUCCCGCCGAGCACGUCCACGUCUCGCCGCGAGGGACGCGCGCCCGUGUCCGCCAGACGACGGUCGAGGACCUGUCGUCCGAGCCGCCCUCGCCGCAGGCGGCGAACACGGCCACGCCGCGAGCGCAGAGCGUCUGGUCGAGCCGGCACCGUCGCUACGUCAGCACCGAGGACGGCGCCGACGCGUACGUGCGCGCUCAGCGCGCCGGUCCGCAGCUGCGCCGCGGCAGCAAACGCCUGAGCGAGGUGCCGAGCGUCCGGGCGCUCGCGAACGACGGCGAGGACGAGCACGGCGGCGGCGGCGAGGUGGCGAGGGUCGUGUCGGUGGGCUCGCCUACGGCGCCGACGAGCCAACGUCGCCCGUCGACCGGCGCCGUCGGCCGCCUCUUCCCGCAGCCGAGCGUCACGUCGACCAAGUCGGUCUUGCGCCGGGGCGACGCACGCUUCGGCAGCGCGGCGAGGAACUCGCGCGCUCGGUCCGAGGGCGGCGCCCCUCGCGAGCGCUUCGAGGUCGUCGUCCUCGAUCCUCGCGAGAAGGAGAGCCCCGACGUGGCGGGCGACGGCGACUGGGAGCGCCUGCGCACCGAGACGCUGUGUCGGCCCGAGCGCAUGGACUGGUCCAUGUGCGACUUUGCGGGCAGGUUCCCGCGACUGCUCUUCCUCCUGUACCCGAUCGCCGUCUUCGCCCACGUCCCCGUCACCCUCUUCCUCGACUUUGUCCUCCUCUACGUCCUGUGUCAGCUCGCCCGGUACCCGUCGGUCCCGUCGCCGACGUCGCGCAACAUCGCUGCUCGCGCCCUCGUCGGCGUGCCCGACAUCGAGCCGAGCACCGGCUGGUGGGUCGCCGUCGGCGUCUACGGCGCGUGCACGGCCGCAUGGUUCUUCGGCGUCCUCGUCUGGAAGGAGCUCGGGCGCGACUACUACUCGCGGUGGAAGAGCGGCGACCGCAGUGUCGAGAUUGAGAAGGUCUACGCCGGCGCAGCCUCCUUCAAGCUCGCCUGCCUGCGCUCGUACAGUCACUUCUCCUUCUUCUGGCGCGUUCGCCUCGCCCCCUUUGGCCGCUCCGGCACGAUCGCCCAAGCCGUCGAGGGCACGACCUUGACCGACGGCGUCCAGGAGACGGCCAGCCGGUACCGCCAGAACUGGCCAACGGUCCUCCUCCUUCUUCCUCGAGCCGGCAUCACGGUCGCCGUCCUCCUCCUCUUCAGCACGACCGCCUACGGCACCUCGACGAGCACGACGGCUCGCGACUCGGCCUUCUUCGACGCCGACGGCACCCUGUCGCGCUUCUCGGCCGGCGUGCUGCUCGCCAACGCGGCGUGGGUCGCCUGGCGACUCGUCCUCGUCCUCGUCGCAGCUGUCGUCGCGGGCAUGCCCCGCCUGUCGGCCCUGUUCGCCCGUCGUCGUCCUCUCGAGACGUACCCGGCGCUCGGCCAGUCGGCGCAGCGUCGCACGUCCUCGGCGCCGUCGCUCUCGUCGCGUCGGCCGUCCGUAAUGUACUCGACCUGGCGCACGCGCCGGCAGCGCCGGAUCCGCACGGCCAUCCUCGCCUGCCUCGGCGUCACGCCGCUCCAAGACGACGCCGCCAGCGCCGGCUUGUCGCCCGUCCUCGCCAAGUCGCCGUACGUGACUGGCUACGGGCUCGAGAAGGCGCGCGAGGCGUACAGCACCGGCCAGUUCGCGACCGACGCGACCGUCCUUCGCGUCGAGCACGACUCGCCGGCCCGGCGCGGCAGCGCGCCCAUCUUCUUGCGCAGCGACGCGCCGCAGCACCAGGACUCGUCCGAGCUGUCGUAUCGCCGAGCCCGAGCGCCCACCUCGCCCAAACUCGACGGCGAGCCGCCCUCGCCGCUCAUCCAGUUCUCGCCGGCGACGCCGUCCCCGCCCCGGUGGGUCGCGCCGGCUCGCGACGUCGCGCACACGUCGAGCAUCGAGCCCCGUCGUGCAUCUGUCGCAGCGGGUGCCGACGACUUUAGCGCGAGCGGCGACGUCGGCCAGUCGAUCCUGCACCGCCGCAUGCGGUCCCUCCAGCACGAGCCGAGCGAGGGCCUCAUCGUCUUCCCGACGGCGGGCAUCGACCUCUCGCCACGUUCGCUCCCGCCUCGCGCCACCGGUGGGUCGCUGUCGACGCUGCCGUACGCGUCGGUCGGCGAGACCGCCCCUCGGUCGCUCCUGCCCAACAUCCUCGCCUCGCCCCGUCCUCCUCUCGUCUCGCGCUUCUCGGCCUUCUCGAGCCCGUACGCCUCGACGACGGCUGCCUCGACGCCUCGAGACGAGCGCGACUCGCCUGCCCACCUCGACUCGACCUCGUCGUCGGCGCCGUCGAUGACGCCGUCGCCGUCAGACCAGCUCGGCAGCGGGUGGGACCCGGCGCGCACGACCAACUUGCGGGCGCAGCUCGCCGCAGGGCAGGCCGAGCGUACUCUCGCGUCGCAGCGCCUGUUCGACGAGGUGCAGCGAGCGCGCGCCGAGGAGGACGCGCACGAUGCCCAGGCGCGAGAUGACCUCGACCUGCGCCCGCCGUCCGAGCUGCUCGCGAGCGCCGACGGGCACGCGAGCUUCGUCACGGCGCGAGAGCCGCCCAGGUCGGUCGACGACGGGCGCUGGUCGCACGUGUCGUCGUCGGGCGAGCACUCGGGCACGCAGUCGGACGGCUCGACCGUGCGUGGCCCGGCCGCCGAGCGCUCGCCCGUCGUCACGCCGACUGCGUUCGCCGGCGCCGUCCCUGUCGUGCAGCUCGGCACGCCGCCCGCCGAGCGCGACGAGGACGACUCGGUCGGCGAGAGCACGCCCGAGCGCGCCGACGGUCAAGCGCAGACGCUCGUCCCGCUCGGCCUCUCUCGCGCUUCCGGGUCGGCGAGCUUUGACCUGAGCGCGUACAACUCGCCGGACCUGACGGGUGGCGAGGACUCGGGCCAGUUUGACCGCGCGUCGCCGGCGAUGUGGCGGUCCGACUCGCUCUGAGGGCGAUUUCCCUUCCCUGUCUCUCUCUCUCUGUCGCACAUGUAGCCCAUAGCCUCCCGCAAUGCAUCGAGCUCUUCAAGCGACCUUU